AGCAUCUGUACUGCACAGACUUUCCACAACUCCACACCCACCCUGAAAAGCCCCCCUCUCACCACAGGAAGUACGCUGACCACUGGAGGAAUAAAGAGGCUUCUAAGAGCAGCCGUUCCUCACCUUCUCCUCGCAUAGCUCAGCAGGACCUCAGCUAUGAGACCUCUCCUCCUGGCCCUGCUUGGGGUCUGCUUUCUCACUGAAUUCAUCGUGGAAGGUGUGGGGAGUGAAGUCCUAGAAAAGAGCAUCUGUGUAAGUCUGACGACCAAGAGACUGCCAAUUAAAAACAUCAAGACCUACACCAUCAAGGAGGGCUCCAUGAAAGCAGUAAUAUUUAUUACCAGACGUGGCUUUAAAGUCUGUGCUGAUCCACAAGCUGAUUGGGUGAAAAAGGCAGUAGAAAUUGUGGACACGUCUACCAGAAGAAACACGAAACAGACCAAGCCUACAGGAGCCCAACAUUCCACCAAUACAGCUGUGACCCUGACUACAUAGUGGUCUUCUGGACCCUCAUUUCCUCACUAACCAGCUAGCUCAUUUCCCUUUAUAAACUCCUGGACUAGUUAGAUUAUAUUCACUUUUUAUAAAAGUGCUGCAUGAGCCAACUUAUUUUCCUGUAUUUUUAUUUUUCA